AUGCCAGAGCAUAUCGGGGACUGGAGCAUUGCAUUUGGCUGUUCCUUUACUGAGAAGCUUAUAAAAACAGCCCCCCAACGGUGUAUUAGGCUCGCUCGGGUUUUUCCUGGCAAAGGUUUCAAGUCUUACGAAUAUGAAAGAAAAGGCAUCGAUAUUGAAUCAUAUUACUCCACACUUGAGCGGACAGAGCCAAAGUUCGUGGUCAUUCUCCACGCUUGUGCCCACAGUCCGACUGGCUUUGAUCCGAGUGAAGAACAAUGGCGCCGAAUGGUGCAUCUGAUGAAGGCCAACCAUCCAUUCCCGCUUCUUGAUGCGGCAUGUUUGGGAUACAACUCGGCAAACCAUGACGAUGAUUCGUUUGCAAUGCGUCUGUUUAUUGGGGAAAUGAACAUGGAGGCUGGGAUUUGUGUGUCCUUUGCAGAGUACAUGGGACUUUACGGCGAAAGAGUCGGGUGCUUUCUGCCCGCCAGCAAGUCGAACCAGAUAGUCAUGAACACUCAGUCUAUGCUGGAGAUGCUGCAACGGUCCGAAAUGUCGGUCCCAUCGGCUUUCACAACCAAGAUUGCAAGCCAGAUUCUAGGACGAGAUGAUUGGAAGAAGAUGUGGUGCGCUGACAUGACCACGACGAGUGGCUGA